AACUAUUUAUUAAUUUGUGUUCUGUGAAUGUAGGUGUCAAUCAAUUAAUUGUUGAUUGACACAAGUCAACAAUUAUUAUAGACAAAAUGCCUACAACACCGCCUCAAAUAUCUCCCGUAGAAGAACAGGAAAAAUAUUUACAUGAUGCCUUGGGUAUAGUGAAAGCACAAGCUUUCCAAAUGAAGAGAUCAUUAGAUAAGAACAAACUGAUGGACGCCCUUAAAAAUGGUUCUGCUAUGUUAGCGGAACUUCGAACGUCGUUAUUGUCGCCAAAAAGCUAUUACGAACUUUACAUGGCGAUAUCGGACGAACUCAGACAUUUGGAACUCUUCCUCGUCGACGAAUUUCAAAAAAGUACGAAAGUGCCUGAUCUGUACGAGUUAGUACAAUAUGCUGGAAAUAUAGUACCUCGUCUCUAUUUACUUAUAACAGUUGGUUUAGUUUAUAUAAAAACUAAUAGUUCCUUGAGGCGAGAUCUUUUGAAAGAUUUAGUAGAAAUGUGUAGAGGAGUACAACAUCCUUUAAGGGGAUUAUUUCUUCGUAAUUAUCUAUUGCAGUGUACUAGGAAUGUGUUACCUGAUACGCCUGAUAACGAUACAGAUUGUCCUGAAGGAACCGUUAAGGAUUCUAUAGAUUUCGUCCUAAUGAACUUUGCAGAAAUGAAUAAGUUGUGGGUGAGAAUGCAACACCAGGGUCAUUCGAGAGAUAGACAGAACAGAGAAAGGGAAAGAGAAGAACUUAGGAUUCUUGUAGGUACGAAUUUAGUUAGAUUGAGUCAAUUGGAAUCUGUGACUUUAGAUAAAUAUCAAAAAAUGGUUUUACCGGGGAUUUUAGAGCAGGUGGUUAGUUGUAGAGAUGCAAUUGCUCAAGAAUAUUUAAUGGAAUGCAUAAUUCAAGUGUUCCCUGAUGAGUUUCACGUUCGAACGCUUAAUCCAUUUUUGAAAUCUUGCGCUGAACUUGAAGUAGGGGUGAAUGUUAAAAACAUCGUGAUUUGUCUAAUGGAGCGAUUGGCUUCUUUCAGCCAGAGAUCCGAUUCUAUAGUUUGCGAAGGUACAAAUAUUCUCAAAGAAGUUCAACUUUUUGAAGUGUUUUCUGAUCAGGUUUCAACUAUCGUUGCUAAUAGACAACAUCUGCCCCCAGAAGAUAUGAUAGCUCUACAAGUGGCUCUAAUUAAUUUGGCUUUGAAGUGUUAUCCUGAUAAAAUAGAGUAUAUAGAUCGAGUUAUGUUAUCUAGUGUCGAGAUAUUCCAAAGAUUGGGUAUAGAGAACAUCGAAGCGCAUUCUUCUGUAGCCAAAGAACUACAAAAACUUCUAAAAAUACCUUUAGACCAUUAUAAUAAUCUUUUGGUAGUGUUGAAAUUGAAACAUUAUGCCGGUUUGAUGGAACAUCUAGAUUAUUCUGGUCGCAAAUCGUUGAGUAUCUAUAUUUUGACCAAUGCUUUGGAAAACGAAACGAUAAUACCAUCAUCUGAGGAAUCAGAGCAAGCUCUAACUCUGUUUAGUACGUUAGUAACAGAUAAAAACGAUCAUCCAGUCAGUGAUUUCGAUAUGGAAGAACUUACUGAAGAGCAGUGCCUUUUGGCUAGAUUUAUACACCAGAUGAAAGCAGAUCUACCAGAUGAUCAGUUCCACAUAUUAACCUCGGCUAGAAAGAUUCUUGGUACUGGUGGUCCUUUAAGGAUCAAGUACACUCUUCCUCCUUUGGUGUUUCAAGCUUAUCAAUUAGCUUACAAAUAUAAGGAAGUGAAAGAUGAUAAAUGGGAGAAGAAGUGUACGAAGAUUUUCCAAUUUUGUCAUCAGACUAUAACGGCUUUGGUGAAGGCGGAAUUGGCCGAGUUGCCAUUGCGUUUGUUCCUCCAAGGGGCUUUAGCCAUUGAUAAAAUCGGAUUCGAAAAUCACGAAACUGUCGCUUACGAGUUUAUGUCGCAGGCGUUUUCCCUGUACGAAGAUGAAAUUUCAGAUUCGAAGGCUCAAUUGGCCGCUAUUACCUUGAUUGUUGGGACCUUGGAGCAGAUCAGCUGCUUCUCAGAUGAAAGUUCGGAUCCUUUAAGGUCCCAGUGCGCGUUAGCCGCCAGUAAAUUGCUAAAAAAGCCGGACCAGUGUCGAGGAGUGGCGACUUGCUCGCAUCUUUUCUGGAGCGGGAAAAGUUUAGCGAAUAACGGGGAAGAGACCCACGACGGCAAAAGAGUGGUGGAAUGUCUGAAGAAGGGAAUCCGAACGGCGAAACAAUGUAUGGACGUAUGCGUGCAAGUGCAACUUUUUGUUGAACUCUUGAACCAUUAUAUUUAUUUUUUCGAAAAAGGCAACGAUCAAGUGGAUACUGACGUUCUAAAUCAACUUAUUAAAAAAAUUAAAAUCGAACUAUCAAAUUUGGAGACUUCGGACGAAGCCGAUCAGAUUACGAAACAUUUCAACAAUACCCUAGCGCAUUUGAAAUUGAGAAUUGAGUCACCGGACGGCGAUAGAGACGCAUAUAAAGGAUUACAAUUGCAUCCGGAACUCGACGACGAUAAGACCAAAUCGAAAGGAGAAUAAAUACCCUAGGGACUUUUAUCUAGAUGUUUCCAAGGAAAUUCCUCAGUAAAUGAAUAGUAUCAGGUUCUACCGUGUGAGUAGCUUACACCGCCCUAUAUUCUUGCUAUUUAGUUGCAAUCUCUCUAUAUACAUAUUUUUUCGAUUUUUUCUUUCUGAAAUUGAUCUGAUUGUUUUUUUUUUCAAUCAUUCCAAGUUAUUUAAAUAUAUUUUUACAUAUUGGUUAUAUAUACAUAUUAAAUUAAUUUUAUCAAUGCUAUUAUUUAAUAAAAAUAUCUAUAUACA